AAAAAUCGAAGGAGAUUGAGAAGUUCUCAUGGCGUCAAUGCGUCGUCUUGCUCGAACAAUUCAGAUGUGCCGUACAAUCGCAUAUCGUAGAACCCUAACACCUUCAAAUCCACCUCCGCCCCACCUCCCUUACUGUACUUUCAAGCACAACAUCCACCCUUACCAUGAUAAGUCUUGCGGGUCAACUAAUGUUCCUGGAUUAAAUUUUCUUCCUGCUAUGCUAGCCGGGUUUUUUGGAUUUGGCCUAGUAGACAUAGCCUAUGCAGAUGCACCUGAGGCUGAGGCUAAAACACCUUCACCACCUGAAUCACCUUCCACAUAUGUUGAUAUGGAGGUUAUUGCCAAAAAUGAAAGAGCUCGAUUAGAAGAGUUGCUUAAAAGCAAAGGAAUGCACUAUGGUUCUUGUCCUCGGUUUACUGUUGCUGUGAAGGGCCAAAAGGUUACAAUCAAGUUCCAAAUUCCUCCUACCUGUGAAAUUGCACUUUUGAUUUCAAAUGUUGUUGCACAUCUUGGGGUCAAAGUUGAGGAACGAGCUACUGGUUCAGAUAUGGCUUUGCGUGCUUGGGAUAGUGGCGUUGCCUGGCAGUUAACACUCAGUCGUCCAGUGGUGCAGAAGGAAGCUGUAAAGAAUAAGGGUAGUUCUGAUGCAAACUCAAAUGAUGGAGAUCUUUGCAUUUUGUUGUUCCGAUCACUCAUUAGUUCCGAUAAACCAGAAAUGGAGUUUAUAAAGCAAGGGAGCUUUACUGCUGAGGAACUUGAUGCUCUAGCAUCUGUGUUAAAAUUGGCAGGAGCGGGCCAAAGCAGGAUUGCGGAUAGAAGAGGAGAUACAACACGUACACCGUCCAUGGAUAAGUCAGUCACCAGUCUAGAGGGCAUGGGGGUGAAGAUCUAUGGACUUAAGGAGCCUAAAAUAGAGUACCAAAAGUCUGAGAUAUCAUGGGAAAACAUCGCAGGGUAUAAUCAGCAGAAAAGAGAUAUAGAAGAUACAAUACUGUUGGCUCUGCAGAGCCCUGAGGUUUAUGAUGAAAUUGCUCGUGGAACCCGGUGCAAGUUUGAGACAAAUAGACCUCGUGCGGUACUGUUCGAAGGUCCACCAGGUACUGGGAAGACGUCCUGUGCUCGUGUUAUAGCUAAUGAAGCGGGUGUCCCAUUGUUAUACGUGCCGUUGGAGGUGAUUAUGUCAAAAUAUUUUGGUGAAAGUGAAAGGUUGUUGGGUAAAGUGUUUACACUUGCCAAUGAAAUUCCCAGUGGUGCAAUCAUAUUCCUCGAUGAGGUUGAUUCCUUCGCUACUGCUCGUGAUGGUGAAACUCAUGAAGCUACUCGGAGAAUCUUGUCGGUCAUAUUACGUCAGAUUGACGGGUUUGAGCAGGAUAAAAAAUGCGUGGUCAUUGCUGCAACCAACAGGAAACAAGAUCUUGAUCCUGCUUUAUUAAGUCGGUUUGACUCAAUGAUCACAUUUGACUUACCUGAUCAGCAAACUCGUCAGGAGAUAGCAGCUCAAUAUGCAAAACAUUUAGCAAAGACCGACCUAACUGAAUUGGCUGCAGCUACUGAAGAAAUGUCUGGACGGGAUAUUAGAGACGUGUGUCAGCAAGCAGAGAGGCGUUGGGCAUCAAAGGUUAUACGAGGGCAAGCACAAAAAGACGAAGACGGUGGUUCACUUCCACCACUUCAAGAGUACAUCGACAGCGCUUUAGAACGACAUAAAGUUCUAGUCGCGGCUAAACGUGACCAUACCUUGCCAUCCAAGAAACCUCAAUAUGACUUCCUCUGAGGCUUCUAUAGCAUUUCAUAGAGUCAGGUUCAAACAAGAACAAUGAGCAGAUAAGAUAACAAGAGAACGGCCAAAUCACAUGUGAUUCAUGCGACUCUAGCCACGACCUUAGAUUCGUUGGCCAAGUUGCUCGCUCACCCUUGCUUUGACCUGUUCCUUAAUCGCAUGACUUCAGUUCAAAAUCACAUGGGAUUUGGUCGUUUUCUUGUUUUAUUAUUUUGACCAUGUUCUGGUUUAAUCCUCGUAAAUAUAUAUAAUACAGAUUAUCAGUUUGAGUUACCAUAGUUAUUAAUCCUCCCCAACCUAAAGCCAUUUCUGUAAGGUAUGUGAAGCUAAGGAUGAUGCAACUUCUUACCAUUUCCGACCUAUGUAAUUUUUUCGAUCAAAAUGAUAGUGUUUCGUGAACCUACUACACUUAU